AUGGCUUCCCCCAAUGAGAGCAAGGCCUGGGAGCUCCAAUCGAAAGAUGCCAAACGUUCACUAGCAGAAGAUUCCUAUGAUGACUGUACUUCUUGCAGAGUGACAGGAUCUGCCGCAUUCAUUGGCCUGGGCGUGUACAGCUACUACACGGGCAUGAAGAAUUUACGGAUGCAAGAGAAGACAAUCAUGCAGAGCGCAACGAAAUACAAGAUGGGCUCGCGACAGCUGGGCAUCGCAACCAUCUCCGCGACGUUGGUUGGAAUGGGACUGUGGAGAGCAUUCAAUUGA